AUGGCAACAACUGAUGACUCAGCUACGUACCUGAGUACGCAGCUGACAACCCCACCGCCAGAUUUAAGAUCUACAGGUGGCUAUACUGAGUCAGAGCAUACAGCCACUUCGGUCGUGCGAAAACCGAGAAAUAUGAGUCGACCGAAUGCAUCUGCAUUGGUUAACGAGGCAUCCACUGUUGCAACACGAACACCGGUUCCAGGUAGGGCCUCAGGAAGCGAUGAUCCUUCGUUUACAACCUUCCCUUCUACAGCUGGUGUCUCCUCCCUCUCCACCGCUUCAAAAGCCGCCGCGACACACGGAGAUGCGGAUGUAGUGCCAACCGCUCGCAGGGAUCGGCGCAGUAUAACUGCAGUAGCUACUGCUGCAGGCCCAACGUCUUCGGCUCAAGAUGGGGUGCAAAGAGAAGUGCGUUUUCCCGCUGGCGAAGAGGAGGAUGCAGCAAAGUCAUCUGCAUCGGGCGAGAGUUCCGAACAAAGCCCUCCCAAACCCUCUGGGUCUGGAAGAGCGACGCGAAGUCCCAGGCAGAGUGGAGAAACUGUUUCUUCACGACGCCGGCGUUCAAAUCCUGCGGCAUCUGAGGAAAAUCAGCUAGAAAGCGCGCAAACCAGCACAAUCGCGCCGGAGUCCCCCGUUGGAAUAACAACGGCCUUUUCCGGGCAGAAUUCGAGGGGCGAAAUUAGCAGCAGCAGAGGCAGGGCAUUUCGAGGGUCGGAAUUUGCUACUGAGGAGGCCGAAGAACUUUUAGAAGAAGAGGGUUCAUGCCCACUCGGCCACUGCUCUUCUGACUUCUUAGGAACAGCACCGAGAACUGAAGCAGCAGGGGCGCUCCAAUACGGCGACGGCGGCAAUAACAUAAGAGAAUUCUUGGACAACGAUUCCGAUGGGGGAGAAAACCUUCGUUUGGGUGUACUGCAGCCAGAAUAUUUCAUGUUCGACUCGGAAGACAGUGAAUUCCAGAACGCUAUACAUGGAAUCCUUCCAAGACUUCCACGUGACAGUCCAGAGUUGGACCCAAGUCACAGAACCGUUGUGCCGCCUCGUCGACUUGGCGAGCGGCCAUCCGCUAGGGAGGCUGCGAAACCUGAAGCCACUGGAGGAAGGGAACCUGGAGAAAGGGCUGGGAAGCCUUCGGAGGAAAAAGGAUCCAAACCGGAGGCGAAGGCAUCUGGGAAUAAAGGGGGAAAGGCGGAGGAAGAAGAUCCCUACGAAGAGUAUCCGGACCACUGUGGGGAUCUGGCAACAUUCAUCGAAGGUCGUCAGGUUAUCGAAUGGGAUAUUCCGAUCUUCAAUGGAAUUGUGCAUGUGCUUGGAUCUUCUGUCUUGAGGCCCGAUAUCGAGGCGGUUGCCACCGAUAUCGCGUUUUGGCAGUGCACGCACCAGUUCUGCUUUGAAUGUCCUUUCUUGACCCCUUUCCUACUCAAAUUCCUUGAUAAAAUUGGAAUAAUUACAGGCAAAAGCCCCUUCGAGUUCUCUCCUCCGCCCGGCGUUCGUCCAGAUUGGGUAUGCAGGGGAGCCUUCGACUACUAUCCAGCGGGAUGGACUAAGCAGACUUGGCUCAAGUAUCUCGAGACAAUGCAUUCAGGUGACAAGCGGAUUAUGAAGAAAAACGCAGAACUCUUGGCCAGGGCGGCCCACGAACGUCACCAGAUCGCUCUGUUAUACGAAAGUGUUCGAUUGCAGUCAAUUGAGGCGAGAAGACGAUAUGACCCUCUCCGCCCCAUUAACGACCCGUUCUACGACCCGCAGUACAAAAACAUGAAGAAGGCCUUUGACGAAAAGAAUUUCGAGUGCAAAGGCGAAGCGGUCAACAGAGAGAUGACCCACAAGCAAAUGCACAAAAUACUACCUGCAAUUUACCCUUGGAAGGGCUAA